AUGAAGAUCCGAUUCUGCUUGUACGAGUUUGCUGAAUCAGAGGAAGAAAUUCGUUUUAAGAAGAAACUUUUUGCUGAAUGCAAUCUUUGCAAGAGGAGUGAAUUCCAUGAAUUAAGAACAACGCCAAACCUCUCCGAUAUUUCAGUAACAACGCUCCGAGAAGGAGGAAAUUUCAUUAAAUCUUACAUAACGGAUCAAAAUAUGAAUAGUAAGAUCUCACCAAAGGACUGGAUUUGUAUAUCAGAAACCAUAGUAUGGGAGGAUCUCGGAGAGAAGCUGUUCAUCAUUUCUUCCUUUCAUAGAAGGCAGUUCAAGUUGUAUAGUAUUAUUUGUGCGCAAUUGUUACGACAACUUUCAAUGGAUAGCUCAGCAAACACGCAUAUCAGUUGCAAUACUUUAGAUCCUUCUCAAACAGACAAAGUGAUAGAUAUUGACCUUCCUCGAUUUUAUCCUCUAAUGAAUCGUUAUCAUUCUUUCACCCCAAUCAAUAGAAGCUUUUUCUCUAAUUUUCAUGCAUGUAUUUUCGGAGAUGAAACCAAAUGCUUCAUGAGGGACAGAGAAAUCAACUAUUUAAGCUCCAGACGGACUGUUGUUGAUAUAGAGAAGAGAAUUCCUUGCAAGGCUUACCAAAAAGCAACGAUGCAAGUGAAAAGAAUUGUAAUGCCCAACGUUGAUCCAAUCUAUGAAGAGCUGAUGCAAUACUUGUACAGAGACGUUGCUCAAAAUCAUGGCAAAGCAAUAACUUCUGGAGGGUCCGUAAACAUUCAUGGAUCCGUAUUUCAAAAAUCCGUUCUUGAAUGCAUUGCUGAGUUGGAGAGCCCCGUGCAAAUGUUUGGAGAUACUUCUCAAGGUGUUUUUCGAAAGCGAUUAUCCACCAUUUUGAAAAUGAUUGAAAAUGAGGAUGAUCUUUUCAAGGGAUGCACUUCAAAGACCAGAAGGUUCAUUCAAACUCCAAUUCCUCACGACGAGUUCUACUAUCUGUCACAAAUAUCUCACUUCAUAGAAGAGCCAGAAAGGUUAGUGACUUUAUCCAUCCCAAAAACAGACAUGUUCUUUGAGGUUGAGUAUGCGUGCUCCAAACUGGUUGCGAAUAUGGAAAAUACAGAUCGAUUUUGCAACUACUGGGUGGCUUCUGAGCUGAGACGUUGUGUCAAAGUAAUAGAGAACAUGCUAAAUUCCUUAAACCUGGAAAAGCUUAACACUAAACAAAUAGAGGCCAUUAAAAGAUUAUUAAGUAGGAUCGUUGAGAGCAAAGAACAGGUCAUUGGAAGUGGAGACAUUGUUAUGCUCAACGUUUUUUCAAAGCCCAGAUCAUUCUUAGGACGACUCAAAUUUUGGAAACACAAAGAUCAAGAAAAAAAAAGCUACUGGCAUUCCUCCACGUGCUUCCAUCAGCCUCAUCAUCAUCACUCUCACAAUAUUGUAUACAAAAUGGUCAGAGAUAGCUACUUACCAGCCGGAAGAGAUGAAACCUACGGAAAGGCUACUGAAUCAGCCAAAUCAGCAGUGGUUUCUCCUCUCUCUAAACUCACUCCAGAACAAACCAAGUUGAUGGGUGAGCUUCGUAAAAUUGCUGAAGGAUGGGAUCUUGAUGAGGAACAAAAGGCCUUCAUGGAUGAAAUGUGUCUAUUCCGUUACCUUUCCGGUUUGCAAUGGAAUAUGGAUCAAGCUAGCAAACAAUUGAAGGAAACUAUGGAAUGGAGAAAGACUUUCCGUCCACAAGAUAUCAGAUUGAAGGAUUUGGAACCAAUUGCCAAGCAAGGAUUCUUGUUCCAUUACGGAUAUGACAAGCAAUGUCGUCCAGUCAUUUAUGUUCUUAUGGGCAAGGACACUGCCGACAACACUGAAGAAAACAAAAAGUUGAAAUUUAAACUUUUUGUCUACAUGAUGGAGAAGUGUAUCAAGAGAAUGCCAGAAGGUGUUCACAACAUUGUUUGGUUGGUUGACUUGAAGGAUUCUUCGCUCUCAAUGUCAUUGGUCAAGGAAAUGAAGGAUACUUUUGUUCAAUUAGGUAACUACUACACCGAAAGACUGGCCCGUACUCUUGUGCUCAAUGCUGGUUGGACAAUUUCUAUGAUUUGGAGUUUCGUCAGCAACUUUUUAGCUAAGGAAACUGUCGAAAAGUAUGUCAUGGUCAAGGGUAAUGACAAGACUAUUGCUGAAACAUUCGAAAAGUACAUUGAAAAGGAUUUAUUGGUGAAAGGAUUCGGUAAUGGUACAGCUGAAUACAAGUAUGAUAUUGCUCAACUCAUUAAAGAAGAAAUUGAGGAUGAGGAAGAAUUAAGAAAGAGAGAACAAUAA